AUGUAUACAGAUUUUGAUUGGUAUAAAUCACUCACAGAAAUAGAAUGGGUAAUAGAAAAUGAAGGAUGUAAACUAAUUAAAUCAGAAAUUAAAGGCGAAACUCUAAUUAUCAAAACAGUGAAAAGAGUCGUAGAAGAAUUUGACACUAUCAUUGAACUAGACAAUCUAACAUUAAUUGGACACUCCAACAAAGGAUGGAGAGAUCAAACCUCAUUACCAGAAAAUCAAGAAGAAAACAAAAAUAAAAAACAAUCAGAUGAACAACAACCACAAUCUACAUCAGAACAAAUACCAAAACAAGGAAAAAGAACAAUCAUUAUCCCACCAAUCACAUCCUCAUCUAAUGAUAAAACAUUUAUGGCCCUAGAUGAUACAGCUCAAAAGGUAAUAGAAGCAUCACUAGAAAACGUAGAUGAACUAACAAGAAUAGAGAAUGAGAUCAAUACACAAUCGAUAAACAAUCAAGAAAUUAAAACAAAAUCAGAAAAACCUAUCGAACCACC